AUGCGCGCCGGACCCAAAUCUGGUUCAAUGAUCAACAGGGGCCGGCUGGUCAUCUUUGUGGCCGUGGCCACACUCCUUCAGCUUCAUCAGAUAGCCUUCCUCAAGCCAGCGAGGCUUUCGAGCGUGAGGAGACCACAGGUUACUAUGGGAGCAAGAACUCCGGGCAAUCAACCAACGGAUGAGCCAGACUACCCGGAGUUCAAGCCGACUGGCGACUAUUUGUUCGAAACCCCUUUCUUCAAGAUGGAAAAGUUCAAGCAGGAGCCUGGUGAUGCUGCCUCCAAUCAGCAUGGGAGUAUGAGCCCAAAGUCAGUCCACGCAGGCGGCAUCAUCAUCAUCAUCAUCAUCAUCAGACACUGGGUCUGA